AUGGAGCAGAAGGAGGCCGCUUCUCUUGACAAGGCUGCCCAGUUGGUAACUAUGUUUGAGACGUCGUUCCGACACAUUCGCCCUACCUUUCACCCUGCCGGCACUGAAGGGGAGAUCGCUGGGAAAAGCUCGAACGUCGCAUUCACCGCACAACGUGUGGUAGAUAUCCACCAGGCCGAGCUUAGAACCGAAAACUGCAAGGUGGUGAUCACCGUCAUGGAUGCCGACACCCAUCUCUCGCGCGACUACUUCACGGAAAUCCGUCGCUUGCACUAUGAGCACCGUGACGACUCAGACCGCGCCGUCUACUGCUGCCCUAUCAUCUUCGACCGUAACUCACACGAAACGAAUGUUAUCGUUCGCAGCGCCGAUCUGCUCUGGUCCUUCGCUGGCAUGUCCACUAUGUUCCCAGGAACUAUGAUAUCAAUCCCAACCUCCGUAUACUCCCUCCCUCUAUCUCUCGCCCAGAGGGUCGGCGGAUGGGAUAGUGGCCCUUCCGCCAUUGGCGAAGACAUGCAUAUGAUGUUGAAGUGCUACUUCGAAACAGCCGGAAACGUGGUGUCGCGCGUGGUUUAUGUCCCUGCCAGCCAAUGCAACAUCUCUAGUGAUAGCGGUAGCGGCUGGCGCCACGCGUUAGACACCUGCAUCGCGCGAUAUGGACAGGCUCUGCGACACAUGUGGGGAUCUUUGGAUUCGGGCUUUGCUGUUCGACGCACUCUGGGUUACUUGAACCACAGAAACCGCAAGGCAUUCUUCCAUCCGCGUCAUUUCGUUUUGCUGAACCUGCUCUGGGAAGCCCAUUUCCUGCCGUGUCAUUUGGUCAUUAUUUUGCUCUUUUCCGUCCUCUAUACAGCACUCGUGCCUGCAGGGCAGAUUCACCCAACGCUGAAAUGGGCCUUCGCCAUCAAUGACGUUUUCCGCACUUCAUCGUUCAUCGGCAUGAAUAUCUGCCUAGCUCUCAAUGAGCGUUUACAUGCGAUCUGCUUAGCCGCGCGGAUGCAGGACAUGCGCGAGGCAAACAUUCCGGACACCGGCUGCGCCGAACGGGUCUGGUAUAAACCACAAUUCCUCCUCGAGAGGAUCUGCUUCCCCAUCGCUGGAACGCUGUAUGGGGCGAUUCCGGCUUUGCAUGCGAUCAUCUUCCAUUUCUGGACGGACCGGUUGGUCUAUCGAGUAAGUAAGAAGCCGACCUUCGUGGUGGACGCGGCAGCUCUGGCGUGA